AUGCAUCUCAUGCCAUUAAAGAGGUAUAACGAGGAUACUGCGAAGUAUGCGUAUGAAGUUGAGGCGUUGGCGGAUAAACUCAAGAGAGCAUAUAUAGCAGGAGGAGUGCCAGCAAAUGUAGCGGAAAAAUACACUACGCAAUGCAAGGUAAGUGCCUUGAAGACCAAUUCAAGCUCAGAAAAAGUUAAAAUAAUAAUGGAAACUGCAACCUUCAACAACUGCGAAGAAGCGCUAACGAAAUUUAUGUCCAUCAACUCAGAAGAUAAUACUUCGAAUGUCCUGUAUACACAUCAAGGAGGUGGAUUUGGAAAUAGUCGAGAAAGAGGAUAUCAUUAUUUUAAUAGUCAGGGAAAACGCAACAACUUCCAAAAUGACACCAACUAUCGCUAUAGUCGAGGUGGACAGUACAGAUCUCAACGAGGCCGAGGACAGAGAAUACUGAAACACAGGGGAAGAUCAAACAACACAUACCUGUAUAUAAAAAGGAACAGGCAUUCUUGUCAAGCACGUCAGAAACAACGUGGACUGGCUGGAGGAACCAGGGGUAAAAGCUCCAUCCCAAGACGUGCGGGACCUGUACAAAAAGCUAAGGGGCACAAAUCCGUCUAA